CGUUGUCGAGCAACUUGGACUUGAACGAUGCGGUUUCUAAUGGACAAAUAAGGAAACGACGUCGUUUAGGUUUCCUUGUCGCGGCUACUCGUGCUGUUGAUUUGAAGCUGAACACUGGUCUCAGAAGCGAGGCUUUGGGUGCCCUUUAAUGGAAUGCGAUUGCUUUUCUUUGAGAAUGCGCAGUCCACCCCCUAGUUUUCGAGGGAUAUUCUUCUUGCCGAGCUGCCCGAUACAGUCUCCUUCGCUUAAAUUCUUCAAGAAACCUCAAACAAUCUCCAGAAAUUUUCAGUUUUCUAUUCGGUUGAAAUCUUUGUCUUGUGCUCUCGAUGCUAUUGAGUCAAACCCUACAGGCCAUUGGGCUUUCGGCGAUGCCCAGAACUUGCCGGUUCGGCUUCAGGAUGGGUUCCAGAAAACGCCCAGUAAACUGUCGAGUCCCAAUAGACCCAAUUCGACGCCGGGGAAUAAGAUUCCUGAAACAGUUGAAAAGAAGAGAAUUUGGAGGGGUUUGGAUUUUGAUAGCAAGGGGAGGCUAAGACAGUAUUCGGGGAUGCUGAGGACUUGUGCUUCAAAAGGGGAUUUAAAUGAAGGGAAGGCCAUUCAUGGGCAGGUGAUAAAAAGUGGGAUAAACCCGGAUUCCCAUUUGUGGAAUUCUUUGGUCAAUGUUUAUGCAAAAUGUGGGAGCGCUAACUACGCAUGUAAGGUGUUUGGGGAAAUACCUGAACGAGAUGUUGUGUCCUGGACGGCUUUGAUUACGGGGUUUGUUGCUGAAGGAUAUGGAAGUGGUGCUGUUAAUUUGUUUUGUGAGAUGCGGAGGGAAGGUGUUGAGGCAAAUGAGUUCACCUAUGCGACUGCUUUGAAAGCUUGCUCCAUGUGCUUGGAUUUAGAGUUUGGGAAACAAGUGCAUGCAGAAGCUAUUAAGGUUGGAGAUUUUUCUGAUUUAUUUGUUGGGUCUGCUCUUGUUGACCUUUAUGCAAAAUGUGGUGAGAUGGUGCUUGCAGAGAGAGUCUUCUUGUGCAUGCCCAAGCAGAAUGCUGUGUCAUGGAAUGCAUUGCUUAAUGGGUUUGCACAGAUGGGUGAUGCUGAAAAGGUUUUGAAUUUGUUUUGCAGAAUGACAGGAUCAGAAAUAAACUUCAGCAAGUUUACUUUGUCUACUGUCCUCAAGGGUUGUGCAAACUCAGGAAAUUUAAGGGCAGGCCAAAUCGUGCAUUCUUUGGCAAUCAGGAUUGGUUGUGAGCUUGAUGAGUUUAUUAGUUGUUGUCUUGUUGAUAUGUACUCCAAGUGCGGGCUGGCAGGUGAUGCACUAAAAGUUUUUGUGAGGAUUGAAGAUCCUGAUGUUGUAUCCUGGAGUGCAAUUAUCACAUGCCUUGAUCAAAAAGGGCAGAGCAGAGAAGCAGCUGAGGUAUUUAAAAGAAUGAGACACUCAGGUGUGAUACCAAACCAGUUUACCCUUGCUAGUCUUGUCAGUGCUGCCACUGAUUUGGGUGACCUAUAUUAUGGUGAAAGCAUCCAUGCUUGUGUUUGCAAGUAUGGUUUUGAAUAUGAUAAUACGGUUUGCAAUGCCUUGGUCACAAUGUAUAUGAAAAUUGGUUCUGUUCAAGAUGGUUGCCGGGUGUUUGAAGCGACAACUAAUCGGGAUUUAAUUUCAUGGAAUGCCCUCUUAUCUGGAUUCCAUGACAAUGAAACUUGUGAUACAGGGCUAAGGAUCUUCAACCAGAUGCUUGCGGAGGGUUUCAACCCAAACAUGUACACAUUUAUCAGCAUUCUAAGAUCUUGUUCCAGCCUUUCAGAUGUAGACCUUGGGAAGCAAGUGCAUGCCCAAAUAGUAAAGAACAGUCUUGAUGGUAAUGAUUUUGUUGGAACAGCUCUGGUUGAUAUGUAUGCCAAAAACAGGUUCUUGGAAGACGCAGAAACAAUUUUUAACAGAUUGAUUAAAAGAGACCUCUUUGCUUGGACUGUGAUUGUUGCUGGUUAUGCACAGGAUGGCCAAGGGGAGAAGGCUGUGAAGUGUUUCAUUCAAAUGCAACGAGAAGGUGUGAAGCCCAAUGAGUUCACACUUGCCAGCUCUUUGAGUGGUUGCUCCCGUAUUGCAACUCUAGAUAGUGGGCGGCAACUCCAUUCCAUGGCAAUUAAGGCUGGGCAGUCAGGUGAUAUGUUUGUUGCUAGUGCUCUUGUUGAUAUGUAUGCGAAAUGUGGGUGCGUAGAAGAUGCUGAGGUUGUUUUUGAUGGCUUGGUUUCACGGGAUACAGUCUCAUGGAACACGAUCAUUUGUGGAUACUCACAACAUGGGCAAGGAGGGAAGGCUCUCAAAGCCUUUGAGGCUAUGUUAGAUGAGGGCACUGUGCCUGACGAGGUUACCUUCAUAGGUGUUCUUUCUGCAUGUAGCCAUAUGGGUUUAAUUGAAGAAGGGAAGAAGCAUUUUAAUUCAUUGAGCAAAAUCUAUGGAAUCACUCCUACUAUUGAGCAUUAUGCUUGUAUGGUUGAUAUCCUUGGAAGGGCAGGAAAAUUUCAUGAGGUUGAAAGCUUUAUUGAGGAGAUGAAGCUAACUUCAAAUGUCUUGAUCUGGGAGACUGUUCUUGGAGCUUGUAAAAUGCAUGGAAACAUAGAAUUUGGUGAAAGAGCUGCAAUGAAACUUUUUGAGCUUGAGCCUGAGAUAGACUCAAAUUAUAUACUACUAUCUAAUAUGUUUGCAGCCAAAGGUAUGUGGGAUGAUGUUACAAAUGUUAGGGCAUUGAUGUCCACUCGGGGGGUUAAAAAGGAACCUGGAUGCAGCUGGGUUGAGGUCAAUGGUCAAGUCCAUGUCUUUUUGUCUCAUGAUGGUUCACAUCCAAAAAUUAGGGAAAUCCAUCUAAAGUUACAGGAUCUACACCAGAAACUGAUGUCAGUUGGCUAUACUCCAAACACGGACCAUGUGCUUCAUAAUGUCUCCGACAGAGAAAAACAGGAACUCCUCUUUUAUCAUAGUGAAAGAUUGGCUCUUGCCUUUGCUCUUCUAAGCACCAGCACCAGGAAAACUAUUAGGAUUUUCAAGAACCUCCGCAUCUGUGGUGACUGCCAUGAUUUUAUGAAGUCCAUUUCAGAAAUUACAAACCAAGAAUUAGUUGUUCGUGACAUUAAUUGUUUUCACCACUUCAAGAAUGGCUCUUGCUCUUGUCAGAAUUUUUGGUGAUUUUGCUUGAGAGGGCAUACAAGGAGAAGGGAUACAGGCAACAAGGUUUAAGUCUAAACAUAUUCCUUGAAGCUGAAGUUGCUCUGCGCUCAGUGCCAUGGUUUCCUGGCUAAAGAAAUCCCAUGAGAUGAUUUUUUUCUUUCCAAGGGCAUUAUUACUCCAGGUAUAGAAUCCAUAUCAUGCUCCUUGGUAUAUGAAGCUGAACUUUUGCAUUUGAUGGUUUCAUCCCUGAAUGAGAAAAGUUGCCUAUUUAUGAAGCUGCUGAAUUCUGGAAUCAUUCUUCUGUAGCUGUGGGAACAACUUCAUAAAAUGUUGAAGUUUUGGGUUCAUCAGAUAUGAAAGUUCACCAAACUAAGGAUGGAAAUGCUUCUGGUCUUCAGUUCAAAUAUUUGAUUUCAAAAGAAAUCUGAUUCAUUUUGAUUCUCUCAAUGAGGUCCUGAAAACAAGCAGGGUGAUGCAUUUGGCGGAGUUUGAGGAUAAGCUCCAAUCACUAUUGUGGUCAUUGUUGGAGCUGAGGCAAUUGAAAAUUGGUUAAACAAUUUCUUAAAGAAUUGACCAAAUAGAUAAUUAUGAUGAACAAAUCACUGCUUAUUUCGAAGAGCCUUUGAUUAAGAGAAGAAAGCAGAUAAUUGUGCCACUGAACAAAGACCAUUGAGAAGAACUUGGCUUAUAUAGCAUUAGACAAAAGCUCCAAUCGGACCUUGCAAGUGAUGAUGCUAGACCACUUGGUUUGUUGACAGGUUUCAAAGAGCUGAGUACCCCCUGAUCUCCUCCAACCUAGCUCAGAAAGAUUCUGAUCACACGCAGAGGAGAGCUCACCCAACUGGGGCAGUGAUGAGCUAAAUGGAAGCCAUGGAGAGAUUCAUGGUAAUGCAAUCCCCAUCUUUUAAUGGGGAGCCAAAUGCUGAAGUGGCGAAGAAUUGGCUAAAGCGAAUAAGAAGAAUAUCUGAGGGCUCAGAUAUCCGAGAGAAAUAAAGGGUGGGUUUGGCAACAUAUAUGUUAGUGGACAAAGCAGGGUUUUUUUAUGGCAAACCAUGAAAAGGGUGUAUCAUGUAUGAUACAGAUGUAAUGACAUGGGAUCGAUUUGAGAGAAUUUUCUUAGACAAAUAUUUUGACUUAGAGAUUUGGAUAAUCA